AUGCAAAGAGAAAUUCUUUAUGCUUUUAAGAAAGAUCUCCAAAAUUCAAUUCAUAUAACUCAUGUUAAAAAGAUAAAAUGUGAAGAUUUAGAUGCUAUUUCUAAAAAAAAAUUUGAUAAUUAUAUUUCUAAAUUUUCAUUGUCAAUUAAUGUUACUCGAUUAUUUUUAAAUUUGAUAGCUUCAAUAGUAUCUGGAAGUUAUUCAGUAAUAAGUACAUUAGUUGAUGCUUCAUUAGAUUUAACAACUGGUGGAAUUAUAUAUUUAUCAAAUGUUGCAAUAACAAAUACAAAUAAUUGGUUUUAUCCAAGAGGAAGACAAAGAUUAGAAAUUCUAAGUGGUAUAAUAUGUGCUGUAAUAAUGGGUAUUGCUAAUUGUAUGAUGAUAUUAAAUUCUUUUCAAGCUAUUUUGACAAAUACCAUACAUAUAAAUGUUGAUAAGACUACUGUAGGGAUUAUGUUGUUUGGAAUCUUAUCAAAAUUUUUAUUAUGGAUUGUUUGUAAAACACAUGAUACACCAACAUCAAGAGUAUUGACACUUGAUCUUCAAAAUGAUGUAUUUACGAAUGUUGUAGCAUUAUGUGGUGCAUAUUUUGGAACAAGAUAUUGGUCAUUAGCUGAUCCUAUAGGAGCAAUAAUUGUUUGUUCAUGGAUUGUUUCAUCAUGGAUUUCAACUUUUAAUGAACAAAUUCCUCUUUUAGUUGGUGGACAAAUUGAACAACAACAUUAUAAUAGAAUAAUAAAUUUAUGUAUUAAUCAUGAUGAAAGAAUUAAAUGUUUAGAUCAUUUAAUGGUAUAUCAUAUUGGUUCAAAAGUUCAAAUAGAAUUACAUAUUGUUAUGGAUGAAAAUUUACCAUUAAAAGUAACACAUGAUAUAACAGAAGGAUUAACUCAUAAAUUAUCAAAUUUAGAUUUUGUUGAAAGAGUUUUUAUCCAUUGUGAUUAUAAAGUAGAUGGUGAUUAA